AUUCACUAUAUCUGGUCUCCCACAGUACACAGAACAUGGAAAUGCAAUUAUUUUAGUAAAUAUAAACUGCUAAAUACCUUAGUUAGAGCAGUCUUGUGCAGGGCAGAGCACUGGUUAAAGCUUGUAGGAGGAGUUUUCUUUCUGCUCUAUGAGGAUGCAAAACCCAAGACUCUCGGUCUGGACAGCGCUGAUUGGCCCUGUGCUGAUCACAUGCACUCUCCCAAGAAAAAAAACCUCUCUAGCAAUACACACUAAACUGAGCAAGUGCAUGUGCCUACGGGUUCAGUCUGUCUUAUCAGGAGAUAAGACAUGGACAUAUGAACAAAAGGAGGGGCAGAGAAACAGGAUCAGACGGCCUUUUUACACAAUGCGGAGGAUUACCCCUUAGGUUCCAUAUUGAGUAUAACAAGCAUGCUUUACUGCAUAUACAGACUGAUUUUACUGUUGUGGGUUUAG